AUGAAAAUGAAACAUAUUCUAUGGAUUUCAUUUUUAAUCGUUACUCAAAUUCAAAAUUCAGAUGGCGGAUGUCCACGAGCAACGUUUGAGUUUUCUAAUUACACUAAGAAAGCAACGUAUAACUUUAUCGACUCAUCUGUGGGAAAUAUUGGCUCAUUAGAAACAUGUCCAUAUACGGGUCGUCCAUAUGUUUACCUUCCAUGUUAUCCGAAUUCCUCGUGGGGUAAUGAACCAUAUUUUAGUGGUUGUUCGAAACCACUGGAUAAGACAGAGCAGAGCACACCAUCGAUGAUUCUCUCAUCAAUAUUACCGAUUGAUAAUCCAUAUUCAAGUAUGUCAGUUGAUGAAAUCUCAAAAUUAUCUAUGGAGAGUUCAAACGAUGUUUCGAAUGUAUUAUCAUAUUUAAAUCGAGAUACUAUAACAUUUCAAACAUCAGCCGAUGUCGCCUCGGUUGUCAACAUCAUCGAUCACGUGACAACAGCUGAACAAAAUACAACAGAUGAGGUCCAUUCGGUAGUUUAUUCGGUUGCGAAUAAAAUUUUGUCGUCAAAAUCGAUCGAACAAGCUCAAAAAACGAAUCGAAGUGUCGUGAAAUUGCUAUCCUCAUUAGAAACAUUCUCUCAAAAUAUGAAGUCGAAUCAAUUCGAUGCGACUUAUGUGCAAGAUAAUCUCGCUGUUUCGAUUGUCAACAUGCCAAAUAAUCGUACAAAGCCAAUCAUUGGUUUUGAAUUCGAUGCUCAAACCAAUCGAAUGUCACCGAUUGAUUCAGCUGAUACAAAACUGAAUUCUACCACGAUAAUUCUCGAUUCACAAACAGCGUCUCAACAGAAUCGUUUGGCAUUCUCGGUUUUCAAUCCACGAAAUAGUUUAUUCGAUGAUCAAACAUAUCAUGUCUUAACACGAGUGAUUUCGUUAACAAUUGACAAACCUGAAUUGAUCAAAUCUUCAACGAACUUCGUGAAGAUGAAUUUUCACAUUGAACGCGAUGAUCUAACAGCAAUCAACGGAAAUUUAACGUGUGCCUAUUGGCAUAUAUUUGAUAAUAACAUGACAGCACAAUGGUCAACAACUGGUUGUCGUUUAAUUGACAUUCAGAAUCAUAAUGUCAUGUGCGAAUGCAACCAUUUAACUCACUUUGCGGUUCUAUUAGAUAUUCAACAAACACCAGUAUCGAAAGAAGUUGAGCAAUUACUUUCGAUCAUCACAUUAGGCGGUUUACUCUUAUCAUCCGUUGGUUUAUGUUUAACUAUUUUAACAUUUGUUCUUUUUAAGAAACUGCGUCGUCAUUUUAGUCAAAAAUCUCUUCUUCUUUUAUCGAUCAAUCUUCUGCUAGUUAACAUCUUAUUCUCGGUAACAAUACUACGUCAAUUAGAAGAUCUCUUGUGCAUCAUCAUCGCCAGUUUGUUGCACUAUUUUGUGUUGUCAUCGUUCAGUUGGAUGUUUAUUUUGGCUUUGAUUCAAUAUCUUCUAUUUGUAAAAGUUUUUCCACGUUCGAUAUCAGCAUUCACAAGAAAAGCAGCAGUUUUCGCUCAAUUUGUUCCAGCGAUUCCUGUCAUUGUUGUGUUAUCGCUCGAUCCAUGGAAUUAUCAUAGACGAAAAGAUAAUGUCUGUUGGUUGUCGUAUAUGCCACUCUAUUUAUCGUUCAUUUUACCACCCGUUCGCUUCUCUGCGGCAAAACAGGCCAACAGUUACGCAGUACACAAUUGUUUCGUUGUUCUUGGUCUUACAUGGAUCUUUGGCUUUUUUGUUAUCGGUCCAGUUCGAUUACUGUUUCAAAUUCUCUUUUGUACAUUCGCGACAUUAACAGGCUUUCUUAUCUUUAUUCUUUAUAUUGUCACGUCAAAAGCAAAACGAACUUGUUGGAGUAACGCUUUGAAAUCAGCUGGUAUUCCAUCGAUCUAUUCUCCAACUUUAUCAUCAUCAUCUGCUUUAGCUGCUAAUAAAGAAUUUUCUACCUCAUCGACAACGGAUCAAACAAAAGUACCAUCACGUCUUCUUCAAUUCUCGUCUCAACCUCAGCACUUCAUCGAUGCUUACAUGCCAUCAUCACCGCCAGCACCCGCACCACCUUUACCGUUGCCACCACCGUUUCUAAUCGAAGGUGAUGAUCCAUUGAAUGCAACAACGCUAGCUAAUAGUUUCUACGAGCCCAAUCACAUUUGGAUACCACAAGCGAACUAUAAUCGAGAAAUCAAUCAGCCAACAACGUUAUUGGAUGAUUAUUCACUUUUCUAUGCCUCAAAUCACGAUGCUACAAAACUCUAA